UUGCUGUAAUGGACGUCCUUGUUUUUCCGUCAUUCUCUUCCACUCGCCUCCGAGCACAAACGUCAAUUAUAUACCUUAUCACCUCCUCGCCACCCUGUCUUGUCUUUAUAUAAUUCGUAGUAAUACAGGGCACGAUCGUAGUUGGAGAACUUUUGAUGAUCUGUUCGGAAUUAUGACGGUCUUCAGUUUCACUUCUGGUGUAAUACUAGGCUUGGUUUUGACUGUUUUAGCUGUCGGAGCGGCUCCUGAUGAAUCCCUCAUUACUCACGUACCAGGCUUUGAUGGCGCUUUGCCCUCCAAUCAUCAUGCAGGGUAUGUGGCCAUAGAGGGGAAUCCCGGAAAGAAGAAUUUGUUCUACUAUUUCAUUGUGUCCGAAAGGAAUCCUAGCAAGGAUCCUGUGGUACUGUGGCUUAACGGAGGACCUGGUUGCUCCAGCUUGGACGGUUUUGUUUAUGAACAUGGACCAUUUAACUUUCAAGCGGGAAAGUCAAACGGAAGCUUGCCUAUACUUCAGCUCAAUCCCUUCAGCUGGUCUAAGGUCUCCAACAUUAUCUAUUUGGAUUCUCCAUGUGGAGUGGGUUUAUCAUACUCCGAAGAUCCACGGAAUUAUGUGACGGGAGACCUUCAAACUGCCUCCGAUACGCAUGCCUUUCUUCUCGAGUGGUUCGAGCUCUAUCCAGAAUUCCUUUCGAAUCCAUUCUAUAUAUCAGGAGAGUCGUAUGCUGGAGUUUACGUGCCGACUCUUGCCUCCCAAGUAGUACAAGGAAUUAAAAAAGGUGAAAAGCCUCAUAUCAAUUUCAAGGGUUACCUCAUUGGUAAUGGGAUUGCAGAUGACGAAUACGACGGCAACGGCCACGUGCCUUUCUUCUUCGGUAUGGCGCUGAUCUCGAUCGACAUCUUUGAGGAUUGUCAGGCUACAUGUGAAGGGAAGUUCUAUGACCCCCCAAAUGACCAAUGCCGCAAGAACAUUCUCAAGGCGUACGCGGCUCUGACAGGUUUAAAUAGGUACGACAUUCUCGAGCUGUGCUACCGUUACCCAGACGGCAUGGCGAUGAGUCUGCCUUUUGGCCUCCGUCAGUUGGGGGUGACUGAGAAGCCUCUCUACACAAGAAAAAGAAUGUUUGGUUAUGGUUCACCUCUUUGGCUAUCAGAACAAGAGAACAAAGUCACAUCGAGUCUCCAACAGGCGAAUGCAUUUCACAUCCCAUGCAUUAACGAUGAUUUUGCAACCACAUGGUUAAACGACGAAGCAGUUCGGGAAGCAAUCCACGCAGCACCGGCGAGCGUGGCGGGUCCUUGGGAGAUAUGCGCCACUAGAGUGAGGUUAAAUUAUACCAUCGAUACAGGAAGUAUGAUCCCGUAUCACAAAAGUUUGCUUUCUGAGGGAUACAGGGCACUCAUAUUCAGUGGAGAUCAUGAUUCAGUCGUACCUUACACCGGCACUCAAGCGUGGACCAGGUCACUUGGAUACAAAAUCGUCGAUGAAUGGAGAUCGUGGAUCUCCAACGAGCAAGUCGCCGGGUAUCUGCAAGGGUAUGACCACAACCUCACCUUUCUAACUAUCAAGGGAGCGGGGCAUACAGUCCCUCAAUACAAGCCGCAGGAAUCGUUGGACUUCUAUACUCGUUGGUUAGAUGGAAAACCAAUCUGACAUUACAGCAUUGCCUCUGGUUCACGGAAUCGGAAUCCUUCUACCAUUUAGGCUAAGCAAAUAGAACUUAUGUACUCCAAAAGUUCAUCAAGUUUUCAAUAAGAUCCUGGCUUUGCGGUUUCUUGAUUUCUCCACUGUUCUCAACGCAACCAACUAACUUGAAUUUGGUCUACAUUCUAACAUGGGGAGAGAUCAGUAAUCCAACCUUCGGUCAAUGUCCCCGAAGAGACUAGAAGAAAUGAGUUCUGGUAUUGCAUCCGGUAAAGUUCGACUGAUGUAAUCCUCAUCGACAACGAUUAACCAAUCAUGAUUUCUAGCUAUACUGUGACUUUCUG